AUGCCACUUUUCCCCUCAACCAGAUCGAAAGCCGCUCGAGGGAGCCAUUCUUUCAUCUUCGAUCCAACUUGGACUUGCGAGCUACAGUGGCAAGGCAUACGGAACCUAUUCCAGACGGUGGAAUGCGGCAGUCGUUCGCUCGAGAAGCUAGGAUUGCAGGCAGUCGACGACCUACUUAACGAUAUAAACCACAUUUCGGCCUUACUCCAGUCUCUCGAACGUGUCGUCAAGACCAGACGCAAUGCCAUCACUGCUGUCUCCCGCCUCCCGAACGAGACCUUGUCGAUGAUAUUCAGCACAUUGGACAUCUAUGAUCUGCUUUCAGCCACUGCCGUCUGUGGCCGUUGGCGAGACGUCGCUCUCCAGGACGCCACCUUGUGGCGAAACCACAUAUGCUCGUUGCCCGGCCUUACCAAGGAGAUGAUUAGACGAUCGGGAGAGACGCCUAUUGGCCUCCACUGGAAUGCAUAUGUCUACCCGUCUAUACGACGACGUAUAUCGCAGUUCCCUCCAAUACUGGCCGAGUCGCUUGAUCUAGCGUUGGCCCAGAGUCACAGAGUUUCACAUAUUGAGUUGGUAGAAGUCGGUGAACACAUCGUUGACGCAUUCUCUCGGGCGACGACUAGUGCACCAAUACUCCAAUCAAUGAAGCUCGGCGAUAUCUAUCCGUACCGCCGGCCAUAUGCGCUCAUCCCUCCGUCUACAUUCGCCGGUCAAGCACCGAACCUCCGCCACCUCGUCCUCGACCACAUUGCGUGUCCGCAAGGCCUCUUGCACAACGUGACUCGCCUUUCUGCUUCGAGAGGCGCACUUGGAAGAAGCUGUGCGCAGAUCUUGGACACGCUCAGUGUCAUGCCGAUGCUGGAGGAGCUCGAGAUCACCAACAAAACGUUGGAGCGGUCGACCGAGGUUAUCGAGCGCGAACGCAUUGUUACAUUACCUUCGCUCCGCCGACUCGCCCUUUCGGGCAACCAAUUCUUCUGCCUCUGGCUCCCACAAAAUCUUUCCGUGCCGUCGACAUCGUCUUUCGCUCUCGAGUGCACCGAGACUCUACACAGGUGUCCUCGGGAUCCUCUCAUUCUACCACAUUCAAAUUCCACUUCUUCCGGUACCGACCCCAUCGCCACCGCACUUGCCAGACUUCACGUUCGCCUGGAGUGCACUUCCAUGGUCGUCGAAGGAUGGAAGUUGUCCGCCGCACAAUCCUCUUCAGUCGACGUCCAACCCGAACCCGAUAUCAGCCUUAGCUUUCACAUCCAUUCAGUCAACGAGUACGACCCGAUGCUUUCUCUUCUCUUCAAGGCUCUUCGUCUCCAGCAAGUGAGGACCCUUCGUCUGUCUGUCGGUAAAUCUCUCGAUGUCACGUCCCUCCCGCGAAGCAUGACCGACCUCCUCGCCAAGAUGCCAUCAUUGGAGUCGUGCGUCGCCGAAGGUGUCUUCAUCGGUCCUUUUGCGAAAGCCCUCAAUGACUGUGUCGGAGAUGGUGUUGGCGUGUUUUUGACCGGGUUGGACGAGCUAGAGUUGAUAGGUCAUGAUUUUGCGAGGGAUACGGAAGCUAGAGUUGCUGAGAAUUUGUUGGCGUAUGCGGCUGCUAGAGAUCGGAUGGGUGGACGGAUGAGAGUGAUUAGGCUGAGGGACUGCGAGGAUACGGAUGCGAUGUGGCUGGAGGAACUGGGCAGGGUUGUCGGCGAGGUUAAUUGUUGUAGGACUCCUUCGACGUCGUACUGUUAG